ACGAAAUUCUGUUAUGAAAAUUUGAUUCGUGUUUUGCCUUAAUUGUUUUAGCUAAAUUAGUGUCCUUCUAAAGAUUCUUAUUUAUCAUAAAUACUACAUAUGGAGCUAGUGCAUGGCGAUUAUAACAGGAUCUUAGUGACUAAUGCAAGCUGUGACAAUAUUUAAAUGUAACUGAACUAACUUACCUUAAUACCAUAUUGUGUCGAGGACAUGUCGGUUGACUGAGGGAUUCGACAUUUGUGGAAAGCUUUAACGUGUUAUUAAAUUGCAACUGACAGUUACUAUUCAGAAACAAUACUUUGAUCGGGUGCCGUAUUUGAAUACCAAUAUAUGAAAUAUCUUAUUGUGUGAUAAAAGCUAGGCUGUGAUCAAACUUGUAUCAUCGUACAUCUGCUCAAUAUCCCACGUAUUUGCCGUCAUGUCGGAAAAGCCACCACUCCGCCUAGAAGACAUUCCUGUGACAAACAUGACCGCAUACCUGCUUGACAAAAUCCGGCACUUUGGGGACAAGGUUGCCAUGGUCGAUGCCACAAGCGAGAAAACCACAACAUAUUCGGAGCUAGUCACGCGCAUUGAACGGGCAGCUUCCGGUCUGCAGGCGAUAGGUGUGAUGAAAGAUGACGCCAUCGGCGUAUUGUCACCGAAUCAUCCUGACUAUCUGGUCACGUUCUACGCAUGCGCACUGGUGGGAGCCACACUCCAACCAAUCAGCCCGAUGUAUACCAAGGACGACUUGGCCAAAGUUCUCCGAGACUGCAACACCAAGUUCCUGUUUACCGUGUCUGCUCUUUUGCCCAAAGUACAGGAAGCGACACAGGGGUUGGAACACAUUAAGGUGUUACUGUAUGGAGAAGCCGGGGGUGAUUACGAGACAUUCGAGUCCCUCCUGGAUCCGGGUCACGCCCCCUACCGGACACCGGAAUUGGAUCCGAGGACGUCUGUAGCGGCCCUUAUGUCGUCUUCCGGUACGACGGGAUUCCCUAAGGCCGUCUGUAUUUCACACUACGCUAUUGUUGCCAACACAAUCCAGCAGAUAGUAAAAAUAAAACUGAACACUAACACCAGUGGUAUGCGCAACCCUGUCAACGCCUUAGCCAUCGCCUUCGCUUUAUUUACAGGCGCCCGCAUCGUGAUCAUGCCGCGCUUUGAUUUUGAAACCUUUCUUCGGCUAAUAGAGAAAUAUAAGCCAACAAAUCUGCAACUAGUUCCUCCCAUCAUGGUGCUGUUAGCGAAAAGUCCGAAGGUUUCCGAGUACGACCUAUCGUCUGUUUCCCAGAUAGCGUGCGGAGCUGCGCCACUCAGUAAGGAGAUAGAGGACUUAGUGAAAGAGAAACUAAAACUGCCGUGCAUUUUUCAAGGUUAUGGCAUGACUGAAGUAGGUGUGACCCAUUUGAACGGUCGAGGGGAGUUUCGGUACAAAUCUGUAGGCAAGCUGCUUCCCCUCACAGAGAUGAAGAUUGUGGAUGUGGAGACAGGGAAGCCCGUAGGACCAGGACAGGAAGGAGAGAUCUGGAUCCGCGGACCGCAGGUAUGUGGAGGCUACCUGGGGCUUCCUGAGCAGACACGUGAACUCUUCACCAAUGACGGUUGGGUGAAAACCGGUGAUAUCGGGUAUGAGGACGAGGACGGGUACCUGUUUGUGGUGGACAGACUCAAAGAGCUCAUCAAGUACAAAGCCUUCCAGGUCGCCCCGGCAAUCCUUGAAGAUAUCCUGCUACGCCAUGACGCAAUCGCUGACGUGGGCGUCGUCGGGAUGCCGGAUGUCGAGGCAGGUGAGCUCCCGCGUGCGUACGUCGUCAGGAAACAAGGCAAGGAAGCCAGUGAAGAGGAGAUUAGGAAAUUCGUUGAUGCCCAGGUGGCUCCCCACAUGAAGCUGCGGGGCGGGGUGGAGUUUAUACAGGAAAUACCCAGGACCGCCUCCGGUAAAAUCCUCCGGAAAUCACUUCGGGAACUCGCGCGGGCGCUUGCAGCAAAACAAGCGCCUGCUUGAUCAUGCUAUUUAUUGGGCACUACGUUUUGAAACAUUUCCAUGUGUCAAUUAACCCUUUCCCAAAUCUUGAUUAUCAAAAACAUAAAUUCCUUACAGAGUCCAAAACCCUUUCGGAGAACAUUGUACAUAUGUUAUGGUUAUAUACUUGCAUGUUUUAAGACUUUUUCAAAAAACGUACGUUUCCAUAGACUGUGUAUGACCAGCAUUAAUUUAGAAUAAAGUAAGA